AUGUAUCUUAACCCGAAAAUCUCCGUUGCUGUUGCCAUGGGGGUAACCAUGUGCGUACAGGCGGCUCCCGAACUUCAUGAAUCCUCCAUCGCCCAUAGACCCAGCAUUCGUGAAUCCUCACCGCAGGAUUACGAGGGUUACGCUUUCCUUUAUUUCACUGGAUCCAGCGAGCAAAUUUAUUUGGCUUCGAGCAUUGGGAAUGAUGCUUUGUCGUUCACGGAGCUGAACAGCGCACAGCCAGUGCUUGUAUCUACAGCCGGUGAUGGCGGAGUCAGAGAUCCCUUCGUCAUGCGCUCCGCUGAGGGAGACAAAUUUUUCAUAUUGGCAACCGACCUCUGCAUUGGCUGCGGCACAAGCUGGGGCGAAGCUCAGACCAAUGGCAGUUUGCACAUUGAGAUCUGGGAGUCGCCGGAUCUAGUUUCUUUUUGGAAGCAACGACACGUUCUCGUUUCCCCGGAGAGUUACGGCAACACUUGGGCUCCAGAAGCAUACUAUGACGAUACUCUUGGUACCUAUGUUGCAUAUUGGGCUUCGGGGAUCUAUGACGAUGUCAAAAACCCCGGCCGCAAGGAGAUUGAAUACCAGCGAAUGGUGUACGCAACAACGGAUGAUUUUGUAACGUUCACUACGCCAAAGGUUUGGCAAGAUGAACCCCCAAGAGGCAGGAUUGAUUCUACGGUCAUCAAAGAGGGAGAUGUGUUUUAUCGUUUUACAAAGGCAACAAUAAAUGGCUGCGCAGAUAUUGUCCAAGAAAGCAGUCUGUCUCUCACAGCGAAUCUAGACAAGUGGUCGAUGCUGGCAAGUUGCAUUGGUACCAACGCAGGAACGGAAGAAGUCGAGGGGCCUUCAAUCUUCAAGACAAAUCCCGGAGAUAUCAAUGGGGAGAGAUACAUUCUGAUUGCUGACGAAUUUGGUGGCAAUGGCUAUGUGCCAUUAGAGUCUGACAACUUGGCGUCCGGUCAAUGGGUGUUGAGCGGCAGCUACAAUUACCCUACUGCUCCUCGACAUGGAACGAUUAUCCCACUAACUGCAAGUGAGCUCAGAGGUAUCAACGAAGCAUACGGAAUGUCUAAAUAA